AUGCCAUACGAGCUCAGGGAGCGCAAGAGUCGCACCAAUCUGGCCUUGGAUGCCAAAACAACGGACACGUUGUCAAGCGCCGCUGAACAAGCAAAGACGGCAGCUGUCGGACUGAUUGAAGACGCCGAUAAAGUCAUCAAUGGUGGCGGCAAUGGCCAUGCACACGCCAAACCGACUUCACGCAAAGCUUCUCCCAGCAAAAUCACGGCCAAAGGCAAGAAGAUGACGAUCAGCGACGAGCAAAAGAUCCUCGAUUUUGAGACUCACCACUCGUACGAGUUUGGGGGACCGGCAGGCACACUGGCGAUGAUGAUCGGCUUCCCUUUGCUCAUGUACUACAUGUGGAUCUCUCUCGUUUUUUACCAGGGCAAGAUCGUCAUGCCGGCUGCAUUUGAUCUGAAGAGCGUCGCCUCUUUUGCGCGCACCAUGGCAUUCCUCCACGCAGCUCCUACUUUCAAAGGUCUGCAGAUUUAUGGCGGACUCGUCGUCUCACAAAUCGUGCUCGCUCUCGUCGUGCCGGGCUAUCAGCAAGAGGGCUUACCGGUCCCGUCGCUCAAUUUCCAAAAGCUCAACUACAAUUGCAACGCACUCGGAUGCUGGUAUCUGACCCUCAUUGGCGCUGCUGGCCUCCACUUCUCCGGCCUCUUCAGAUUGAGUCAGAUCAUCGACCACUUUGGCGAGAUCAUGACAGUCGCCAUCAUCUCGGGCUAUGCGCUCGCCUUAUGGGUCUAUCUCUAUACCAUUAGCAAAGGCACAGCCAUUCGCAUGUCUGGCAACACCAUUUACGACUUUUUCAUGGGCGCAUCUCUCAAUCCUAGAUUAGCAGGUAUAGACAUUAAGAUGUGGGCAGAGGUCAGGAUACCCUGGAUCUUGCUCGCCAUCAUUGCGCUCGCUGGUGUAGCGAAGCAGUAUGAUACCCUGGGCUAUGUGACGCCCAACCAGGCCUUCAUGGUCCUUGCCGUCGGACUCUACACCAACGCAUGCGCAAAAGGCGAAGAAUGCAUUCCUCAGACCUGGGAUAUGGCCUACGAAAAGUUUGGCUUCAUGCUAUCCUUCUGGAACCUCGCUGGCGUGCCAUUCACCUAUGCAAAUUCGAUCCUCUAUAUGGCAUCUAAUCACCCUUCAAAGUACACAUUCCCGCUAUGGGGCAACAUCCUACUCUAUACCACGAUACUGGCAGCAUAUUAUGUAUUCGACACCUCCAUGUCGCAAAAGUCACGCUUCAAGAUGCAGCAAGAUGGCACCUACCGACCCAGAAACACAUUUCCCCAGCUGCCAUGGGGUACACUCAAAGAUCCCAAAUACAUCCAGACUGCCUAUGGCAGCAAACUGCUCAUAGACGGCUGGUGGGCUUAUGCACGCAAACCUAACUACACUGCAGAUCUCGUCCAGUCAUUCACAUGGGCAGUGUGCGCAGGCUUCGGCAGUCCUCUGCCUUACUUCUAUCCAGUCUUCUUCCUGGCUGUGCUCACGCAUCGCGUCUCGCGAGACUUUGAGCGAUGUCACCGCAAAUAUGGUGCAGACUGGGAAGAGUACUGUCGCAUCGUGCCUGCUAAAUUUAUUCCCGGCGUUUGUAAGUCUGGUGCUAUCGCUGAUGUGCUCGUCAUUGACAAGAGAUGCAGUCUGAGAUCACUAAUUGGAUGCUCACGCCCCACGCCACGCUGCACUGUGUAGUCUCGACAGCUGUUGUUCGAGAAGCAUGUACACGCUAGAUUCACAACAUCUCCUUAUCUCUCACUCGGAGUCAUCGUCCUCUUCUUCCUCGUCUGCAUCUUCGCAAGAGAUGGUCGAAACGCACUUCCAUUCGUUGCCAGAGAAUGCAGCCUUCCACAGUCGUGCCUUGCCAUCGUCUCCCGCGGUACUGAGAACGGUGCCGGUGAUAUUCCAUUCGACCUUGGAUAUUCCUCCGCCAGAGACGUGAUCGUCGAUUUCAGCUGCCAACUCGGAUGUCCAUUCGCCCUCUGACAUGACAUCUGAUGAUUCGGGUGCAGGCGGCCUUAGCUUCCAGACG